AUGAAUCUCGAAGAGCUCCUCGCCAUGGAGUCGAAUUCCGACCGCGACAAUAUCGUCGAUCUGCGCUCCCUCGACCAUGUCUCCAGCUACGACGACCACCUGAUGUGCCCGAUCUGCCACUGUCCCUUUAUUCGCCCGGUGCGCUUACAGUGCGACCAUGUAUUCUGCCAGAAAUGUCUCAACAGCGCGAUCACCAGUUUUGGGGCCGGUCGCGACGAGUUCACCUGCCCCAGUUGCCGGACACCGACCAAAGGCGUGUAUCUGAACGUCCCCCGACUGUUGAUCAAUAUGUGCGACGACAUCCGCGUCAAGUGUCCGUUUUCGGAGGAAGGGUGCAAGGAAAUCAUUCCUCGGGGCCAUGUCCAGUCCCAUGUGGACAAAUACUGCGGGUAUAGGUUGAUGGACUGCCCGGGUACGCUCUGCGACAAGAAGUCUCGGAAGAAAGACUUGCAUCCCGACCGCCGAUGCAUGCAUGAACUUCACAAGUGCCUGCGCUGCGAGGAGGAGAUCAUGGAGCAGGAUUAUGAAGAACACGUGAAAGAACUUUGCCCGAGCCUUAAAACAACAUGCCCCGACUGCCAGACGACGGUGUUCCGAAAAGCGCUGAGGGAGCACAUCGACACCUGUCCCGAGGCCAUUCACUCCUGCCCGGCAUCUAAAUUCGGCUGUCCCAUCCGAGUCAAGCGUGCGGAGCUCGUGGUGCACGAGCAAAGCUGUCCCUUGAUCACCAUGGGCCCGUACUUUGAAGCCCAGAAUGCACGACUCGACUCCAUGGAGCUGACCAUCCGUCAUCUUCAGCAGCGCAACGAGAUCUUCGAGGACGGAAUUGCCAGUAUCCGCUCGACUCUGGUCGAGUCCACCCGGUCAAUUCCGGAGCAUCAGGCUGCCGAGGACCGCCGAGGAGUGUCUCCUUCGGCUUCCUCAGCCCCGUUAUCCAACGACCAAUCACAGGUGGACAAUUCGAAUGCAUACACAUCCAACGCCACGACGUACCUGUUGUCACUCCACGAAUCCCUCCGGGAAGAGGUCGGGCAGCUCUCGCAUGCCAUCACCGAUCUCGACGCUCGCGCCAGCAUGGCCAUCAUGAACGAAUGUCUCCGACUCAAGGAAGACAUGGCUCACACCAACGCCGCCGUUGGCAGUAUCCGCAUGCAAGUCCAGUGGCUCAUGAACCCCCGCAUUCACCAAAGCCAGCGCGCCGGAGUGCGUGCCAACAGCAAUGAGCCUGGCUCUUCAACGCCAGCAGGCUCCAGCCAGACCGCCGGUCCCUCGGCCGGUAUGUUUCGAACCCGCCGACUCAGCGAUAGUGGACGUGAAGGCACCAAGCUAUAA